AUGUCUGAGAAUAAGGUCGAGCAGCUCCGAGAUGAGGGCUCUCGUAUGCAGGUUGUCGCCGCUGGUGCCAUAGCCGGUCUUGUUUCUAGAUUCUGCAUAGCUCCACUGGACGUCGUCAAGAUCCGCCUGCAGUUGCAGAGUCACUCACUCUCUGAUCCGCUAUCAUACGCUCGCCAUGCACACAAGGGGCCUGUCUACAAAGGCACCUUCUUGACCCUCAGAACCAUCCUUCGCGAAGAAGGCUUGACUGGACUAUGGAAGGGAAACGUGCCCGCAGAGGGCAUGUAUCUGGCAUAUGGAGGCAUACAGUUCCUGGCUUACCGCUCCGCUACCCAAGCCAUCGAUGAACUCUGGCCUAAUCACAAGCUGCCUGGAACUGCUGUAAGCUUUGUCGCUGGAGCUGUCGCCGGCACAGCUGCCACUACAGCCACCUACCCUCUCGACCUUCUUCGCACACGCUUUGCUGCCCAAGGAAACGAUCGCGUUUACAAGUCUCUUCUGUCGUCGAUUCGUGACAUCGCAAAGGUCGAAGGUCCCACAGGCUUCUUUCGCGGCCUCGGUGCAGGUAUCGGCCAGAUUGUGCCAUACAUGGGUCUCUUCUUUGCCCUCUACGAGUCAUUGAAGCCCGCCCUGGCCAACGUCUCCAUCCCUAUGGACUCUCUUGGUUCUUCAGACGCUAUCGCUGGUGUCUUGGCCAGCAUGAUGUCCAAGACGGCUGUCUUCCCACUCGACACUGUCAGAAAGAGGCUGCAAGUACAAGGUCCCACAAGAGCAAAAUAUGUGCACAAGAACAUACCCGUCUAUGAAACAGGUGUCAUCCGCACCAUGGCCUCAAUUGUUGCCAAAGAAGGUGUGCGAUCUCUCUACAGAGGACUGACUGUUGGCUUGUUCAAAGCUGCUCCUGCCAGUGCUAUCACUAUGUGGACAUAUGAGAGAGCCAUUCAUAGCUUGCAGUCGUUCAAAGUAUUGGAAUGA